CGCGCAGACUUUAAGUAGUGUACGCAUCCGUGCAUCGCGAUAUACUAUUUGAUUUGACUAUUCCAUUUCUAUGCAUGAAUGUGUACAGCAUCGUGCGACAUACGUGUAGUGCCGUAUAACAUUGACUUGGAUGUCCCGAAAGUAUACGGAUAUAUUGUUGUUGCUCGAUAUGUUUGUCGGGAGCUUAGUCGCACAGCGGUCGAAUAUUUCUUCGACAAUAAUGUGACAGUUGAUGACAACGGAUAUAUGAUAAAACGGUAUCAUUUUUAACCGCAUUUACAUCGUGCAAUAUAUAUCUCCUCAUUAGAAUAUAAGAUUGUUGUUACCAAAUUCUCCCCAAAAUGAACGGAAUACCAGAGAUGGAGCAAAUCAUAAGCCGUUUGGAACGGGGAACAGUGGUCACCAGGUUUUUCCCACGCAAGAGACCUGAGAAAAAGACGCUGUUGAUACGUAGAGAAACUAGGCAAAUAGUUUGGUCGAGGAGCGCUACGUUCAGACCAUUCGAAGGCGCAGUUGAAAUAAGAGAGAUCAAGGAAGUAAGAGUUGGAAAAAACUACGAAGAUUUUGAAAAGUGGCCGGAGGAUUCCAGGAGAAUGGAAUCCAUGAGAUGCUUUGUUGUUUACUAUGGCUCUGAGUUUCGCCUGAAAACAUUAUCUAUAUCUGCAAUUAGUGAAACAGAGUGCGAGCUCUGGGUGCGAGGCCUUCGUCAUUUGGUUCAAGAUACCAUUAAUGCUCCAUAUCCGCUGCAAGUUGAAAGAUGGCUAAGGAAGGAGUUUUACUCGAUGGAAAACACCAGGGAGUCGGUCACCCUGAAGGAUGUCAAGGCUUUCUUACCAAGAGUGAACUGUAAGAUUAUGACCAACCGGCUAAGAGAGAUGUUCGAAGAUGUUGAUACAAGGAACAGAACAGAGUUGGGCUUUGACGAUUUUGUUACUCUUUACCACAAGCUGAUGUUUGAUAAUAUCGCAAAUAACUUCGCUGACUGGGAUAAAUUGGUGGGUUAUUCGGAAAGUGGACAAACAGUUACUCUCCAAGCGUUUCGCAACUUCUUACUAAUAGAGCAACAGGAUCCACUGGGAAAUAUCGAACAGGACGUAUCCCGCUUCAUAAGAGAAUACCUUCAGGAUCCCCAAAGGGACAUUCAGGAGCCCUACUUCAUUUUUUCAGAGUUCAUCGACUUUUUAUACUCUAAACAGAACGAGAUUUGGGAUGCUAGGAAUGAUCAAGUCACGCACGACAUGACCAAACCUUUGAGUGAUUAUUGGAUUGCAUCGUCUCACAACACGUACUUGACUGGUGAUCAAGUAUUCAGUGAAAGUAGCUGUCAAGCAUAUGUCAGAGCUCUGCGGGCUGGCUGUAGAUGUAUUGAACUAGAUUGCUGGGACGGACCCGAUGGAAUGCCGAUUAUUUACCACGGGCACACUUUCACAAGUAGGAUCAAGUUUGUGGACGUUAUAAAAACGAUCAAGGAACACGCCUUUGCCACAUCCGAAUUUCCAGUCAUUCUUUCGAUUGAGGAUAACUGUACGUUACCCCAGCAGCGCAAAAUGGCGAGUUGGAUGCGGGAUAUAUUUGGUGAUAUGCUGGUAUCCCAGCGCGUGGAUAAAAACGAAACUGUUCUUCCAUCGCCGGACGCAUUGCGGCGAAAAAUUUUACUGAAACAUAAAAAACUUCCGGACGGAGUAGACGAGAAUCUGUUCAUUCCCCAAAAUGAUGACAAUAGACAAGAAAUGGAUCUUAGGAAUAUCGGGGAAAAAGGCGUCCUAUUCCUUGAAGAUCCAAUCGAUAAAGUGUGGAAUCCUCAUUUCUUCGUUCUAACCGGCCAGAAAUUGCACUAUACGGAUAGAUAUUCGAAACCUCCAGAGGCAAAUCACGAUGACGAGGAAGAAGGCAUUAUUCACAGACCGCCGGAAGGCGUGCCAAACGACGAAUUGCAUUUUGGAGAGAAAUGGUUCCAUGGAAAGCUGGGAAGAGAUAGAGAAGAAGCUGAGGAACUACUCAAACGUUAUUCACAUUUGGGAGACGGCACGUUCCUAGUCAGACAAAGUUUCACUUUUGUAGGAGAUUAUUGUCUCUCAUUUUGGAGGCAGGGCACGGUCAAUCACGGUCGCAUUAAGAUCAAGCAACACAUGGGUCAAACGAAAUUCUACUUGAUAGAAACAAACUGUUUCGAUAGUCUCUAUAGUCUAAUUACUCACUACCGUACUCAUCCACUUAGAACUCAGGAAUUUUUGAUAACUCUACGAGAGCCAGUUCCUCAGCCAAGUAAACAUGAAGAAAAGGAAUGGUGGCAUGCCGAUUGUACUCGUGGCGAAGCGGAAGAUAUGCUGAGACGAGUAUCUGCCGAUGGAGUCUUUUUGGUGAGGCCUAGUGAGAAGGAAGUCAAUUCAUACGCUAUUUCCUUUAGGGCAGAGAGAAAGAUCAAGCAUUGUAGAAUAAAGCAGGAUGGUCGUCUUUACACUAUUGGAACAGUCCAGUUUGAGAGUUUGGUUGAGCUGAUUAGCUACUACGAACGGCAUCCGCUCUACAAGAAAAUUAAGCUCACCGAUCCUGUGAAUCAGAAUCUGCUGCGCCGAGCUGGUUUGGAACCGGACGAAGGAACGGUUUAUGGCACAUCUGGAUACAUGGAUCCUAGCAGUUUUACAUCUCCGUUGACGGUGAAAGCUAUUUACGACUUUAAGGGAACCAGAGAUGAUGAAUUGACGUUUUCAAAACAUGCGAUAAUUACGAAUGUAAAUUGCUGCGAAGGAGGCUGGUGGAAAGGAGAUUACGGGGGGAAGAAGCAGCAAUUAUUCCCUGCUAUUUACGUGGAGAAAUUAGAGUCUCAGGAAAACAUAACUGAAUCGUCCGAUUCCAUGAUGCUUGGAACUCUGCAAAAGGGAUCUCUGGACAUUACGGGAGCAAUUGUGGAAUUGGCAGUCAGGGAACGACCUCUGUUAGAUUGGGUUCUUAGAAUACAGACUCCGAACACUUGUUCUACGUUUGAAGCUGCUGCUCCAUCCGAAGAUUCUGCUCUGAGAUGGAUGACGAGCAUCCGAGAAGCUGCAGAAAAUGCUAGUGCUAGGGAAAAUCAGCAUAAAAAAAUGGAACGAGCAUGGCGAAUAGCGAAAGAAAUGUCUGAUCUUACGGUUUAUUUCCGUUCAGUUCCUUUCCAUAUGGAGAGAAUCAAGUCCAAGGGAUUUGUCUUUUACGAAAUGAGCAGUUUCCCAGAAACGAAAGCUGAAAAACUUAUUUGUCAGCAGGACAAUAAGUUCUUUUUGAAGUAUCACCAGCAUCAAUUCAGCCGGGUGUAUCCGAAAGGUCAGCGCAUAGAUUCGUCGAAUUACAAUCCUGUGGCGAUGUGGAAUUCUGGAAGUCAGAUGAUAGCUCUCAACUAUCAAACAGGGGAUAAGCCGAUGCAGCUUAACCAGGCAAAGUUCAGAGAGAAUGCUAACUGCGGGUAUUUACUGAAACCUGGAUUCAUGUUCAGAGAAGAUUUUAAUCCAUACGACAGAAACACAUUGAAUAACGUUGAUGGGAUGAAAAUUAAUUUAAAAAUUAUUGGUGCGAGGCAUUUGAGCAAAUCAGGAAGAGGAAUCGCUAGUCCGUUUGUCGAAGUCGAAGUUGUUGGGGCGGACUUUGAUGCUGGAGUAAAAUUAAAUACCAAAGCAAUAACGGAUAAUGGGUUUAAUCCGAUGUGGAAUGAAUCCUGCGAAUUUGAGAUAGCAAAUCCAUAUUUUGCUCUGUUAAGAUUUGUUGUACAAGAUGAAGACAUGUUCGGAGAAAGUAAUUUCAUCGGGCAAGCUACAUUUCCGGUCCGAUGUUUGAGAACAGGUUAUAGAAGUGUGCCCCUCAAGAAUAGUUUCAGUGAAGAUCUCGAACUUGCUUCUCUCUUAGUUCAUAUUAAAAUUGGAUCAACAUCGGAAGUUGGACAUAAUCAUGUUCUUAGACAUAAUCCUGUAAUGACCGGAAACACUCCGAAUGAGUCAGACACAGAUUCUCACACUAGGAUUCCCAUAUUGGAUUUUUAAAGUUAGACGAGUGAUUGUCAAUUCAGUUUUAUUGACAGUGCUGGGUAAGAUAUUUAUAAUUCGGAUAUUUUUUUAAUUUUUCAAUACGAUAGUGUAUAAACGCAAAGGCAAGAUAACCGAUCAAAAAUUUGUUUCUAUUUUUCCACAAAUUCCUGACUGUUAACAAACUUUGAAAAAAAGCAUCAAAAUAUUACACUAUUUUGUACAUAUCACAAGCAGAUUCUAAGCUGUUAGGAUACAAAAUCGUUGGAGAUCGUGAGAAGCAUACAGCUAUAUUUGUUAGUUGAUUCUAGCCUUUGGGUGACUAUUUCUCAACAGUGACAUCAUGUGUAUACGUUUUCAUACCCAGUAAUAAAUUUUCUAUAAAUCAACAAGUACAUUAGCUGAUAUCCUCCAACUAGUUUGUUAAACUCUCGACAAAUGUCUGUUGGUCUUGCGUAGUAAUAAAAAGUAAAAUUUUAUUAGAUUAAAACGAGAAUAUCAGCGAGACAUAUCAUAGAAAAGGAAAUAUUAGUACUUGCGCGAAAACAAAACAGUCAACCAAUUUAGUUUUUGCUAUAAAUUUAUCAAUCAUUUGGAUCUUCCAGCAUGAAAUGUUUUCUUUUUUCUCUUGUGCAUCCCGAAAAAGUCUCGUAUAGUAAUCGAAUUUCAAUAUAAGAUGGAUCAAUAUUUUUUGCAAACAUCACGAUAUCCCUGUAACAAAUAAUUACCUUAAAUAAAAGAUAUCAUAUAUUCAUUCCAUUGGAAAUGGUGCAAUUAAUACAUGUAUGUUGGAAAAUAAGAUUGAGGUAACAGAAGGUAAACGAUUACAAAAUUUUGCAUCUUUAAUGAAAAAAGAUUUAGUCGUUCCAGAUCGAAUGAAAAACAAAAUGCCGUUUGUCUCAUAUUAUAAUUAGUUCUUGAAGGCUGUAGUAUGAAACUUUACCAUUUUGAGGCCACUUGAGAACGUUAUUUCAGAUAUUCUGAUCUGAUAAAUUAAUACUAAUAGUCAUAAAAUAAGCGAAAUAUUUAUUAAGUUUUCUAAAAAAAUUAUAAUUAGUAAUCACAUACGUUACAUUUAUAUACAUCAGCAACUUCACUACGAGACUAUAAAUGCAAUAUUUGAAAAUAAUACGUUUAGAUCUUGUGUAGAUAGACAAAUCAUGUUAUCAAUCCUUCCAACGAAGUUGAUUCGAUUUUUGAGAAACAUGUUACCAAUAAUAAUUGACUAAUUAUUAGAUUAUUUAUAUCCUACAGUCUAUUAUAGCAUGUUCUCAUUUAUUAAAUAAUGUUUGUAUACAGUGUGUGAAAAAGAAUAUAGGCUCAACAUUGAUUGUUCUGGUUGUUGCAUGAUCAUUGAUGUCUCCCGUACAUCACUUGCUCUGUAAUUAGUGUAUAAUUCAAGUUGCUUGCUCAGAACUUGCCUAUCGUUAUAACGUACCUACAUGAAAAGGCUUUGCUCAAUGUAACAAUCCAACUGCUAAACCAUAUGUCAUCAAUUUAUUUGGUCUUGAGCUGGAUUAACCAUUAGUUAAAUAAGUACAAAGCAAUUGGUAACGCAAAAAAAAAAAAAAAAUCGCAAAAUUCUUACAAUGUAUAAAUGAUAUGGAACGUAAACUAUUAAUGUGCAUUUAACACAAACAUUCAUACAGAAAAAAACUUCAAGGAGAGAGAGGAUAUACAUACAUUUAAGUAUGCCUGAUAGUUUAAAAUACAAUGCAUUUGUCGAUUAUAGGUAAAUGUUUCAUUAGUAUUAGUAAUAAAAAUAGUAUGAGCAAAUUUUUUUCGUGCAAUGAGUUAUACUGCAGCAUUCGUACAUAAUGAAUGUAUCAAAUGUUUUCUGAAUUGCAGUUUUACGUAUAAUACAUGAACUAAUUACGUGCUCUCCAACACAUUCUUAUGACUGAGGUCCACGAGUGAAUAUAUCAAUUUAGGAAACUAGAACAAAUCUAUGUAUAUUCUAAGAGAAAUGUUAUGUCGCUAGGACAAAUACAGUUAAGUGAAAUAUUUUGUAACUUCUUGUCAUUUCAUAUUAUGUUAUUAUUGACAUUGUAAUAACAUAAGUAAGUUUAAAAUAUAUGCAUGCACAUUGCGACCAAAAUGAAUCGAGUUAUAUUAAUUUCAUUUACCAAGAAAGAAUCGUACUGAAACUGAUUUUAUAGUAUCGGCGUUAUAGUUGUUCACAUAACAUGAUGUGUGUAAGAAAAAUAAAUGUAUUUAUCUUUAUACAAUGUAUAACAAAAAGGUUCUUUUUUUAUUUAAGCAUUUUCUCAAAGUGCCUAUAGUUUUUCAUUAUGGUACGUGAGUCUCCUGCAUAAAUUUCUUCAUAAUGUAAAAGGGGCAGAAAUGUGAAUAAUCAACAGUAAAAAUGUAAUUCUGAUUUAUUAAAUUUGCAGAUAAUUUCAUUACA